CUCUCCGCUCCCUGCAGCGUUCGGGACGUCUCGGGGCGGGCAGUGGCUCUGCCCGCAGCCCCCCGCACCCGCCGUGCCCCGCAGCAUGGCGUGGGGCGAGCUCAGCCUGCGCUGGCUGCGGGAGGGCCGGCAGUCCAGAAAGCUCAUCCUCCUCAUCGUCUUCAUCGCCCUGCUGCUGGACAACAUGCUGCUCACCGUGGUCGUGCCAAUAAUUCCCAGUUACCUUUACAGCAUCAAACAUGAGAAAAAUGCAACAGAAAUCCAGACUCCUAAGCCUAACGUCAUUGCAACGACAGCGGACAGUUUUCAGAGCAUCUUCUCCUACUAUGACCACUCGAUGGUGCUGACUGGAAAUGAGUCUGAUAAGGCAGCACCCGGAGAGCUGCAGCACACUCAGACAGCACCGAUGAUGGUAAACGCGACCGCUGCGCCUCCGGACUGCCCGAAGGAAGAUAAGGACCUGCUGAAUGAGAACGUUCAAGUCGGGUUAUUGUUUGCUUCCAAAGCCACGGUGCAGCUGAUCACCAACCCCUUCAUAGGGCCGCUGACAAACAGAAUAGGCUACCAGAUUCCCUUGUUUGCUGGCUUCUGCAUCAUGUUUGUGUCAACAAUCAUGUUUGCCUUCUCAGGAAGCUACACAUUGCUGUUCAUUGCAAGGUCCCUUCAAGGGGUGGGUUCCUCUUGUUCUUCAGUGGCAGGGAUGGGUAUGCUUGCCAGUGUAUACACAGACGACGAAGAGAGAGGCAACGCGAUGGGAAUUGCACUGGGAGGCCUUGCUAUGGGAGUAUUAGUGGGCCCACCCUUUGGGAGCAUCAUGUAUGAGUUUGUGGGGAAGAGCUCUCCGUUCCUCGUGCUGGCAGCUCUGGCUCUGUUUGAUGGAGCUGUUCAAUUAUUUGUUCUGCAGCCGUCCAGAGCACAGGCAGAAAGUCAGAAGGGGACACCAUUACUGACACUUAUGAAGGACCCGUAUAUCAUCAUUGCAGCAGGAUCGAUCUGCUUUGCAAACAUGGCUAUUGCAAUGCUUGAACCAGCACUACCCAUCUGGAUGAUGGAGACCAUGUGUUCCAAAAAAUGGCAACUCGGCGUUGCGUUUCUUCCAGCCAGUAUCUCUUAUCUUAUCGGGACUAAUCUUUUUGGGAUACUUGCGCACAAAAUGGGAAGGUGGCUCUGUGCUUUACUAGGAAUGCUCAUUGUGGGAAUAAGCAUCUUGUGUGUACCAUUUGCUAAGAACAUCUAUGGGCUCAUAGCACCCAAUUUCGGAGUUGGAUUUGCCAUUGGAAUGGUGGACUCCUCCAUGAUGCCCAUCAUGGGUUACCUCGUGGAUCUGCGCCAUGUGUCGGUCUAUGGCAGUGUCUAUGCCAUAGCUGAUGUUGCCUUUUGCAUGGGCUUUGCAAUAGGUCCCUCUGCUGGCGGUGCCAUCGCAAAGGCAAUUGGAUUUCCAUGGCUCAUGACAAUUAUAGGGAUUGUGGAUAUUCUCUUUGCUCCUCUGUGCUUUUUCCUUCGAAGUCCACCUGCCAAAGAAGAGAAAAUGGCUAUACUCAUGGAUCACAACUGCCCUGUUAAAACAAAAAUGUAUACUCAGAACAACAUCCAGUCCUAUCCCAUAGGUGAUGAAGAAGAGUAUGAAAGUGAUGAGUAACGUUAAAAGCCAUAUAAUACAUUUUGGUGUACAAAAUGCAGUGUGAAACAUCUCAUCCAGAAGUAUGUUUUAGUUGUACUGUGGAGUUAAUAGUGGAAUGGUCAAAAACCAAAGGUAUAUUAUUCAUCUCCCAUGGAUAUAAAGUCAACUGCUAACUGCCUUAUAAAGAGGGAAAAAAAACAAAGCUUUUAUAGAGAAUUUGUAUAGUGUUUUCCUCUGUGUAUUUAAUUUCAUUGAAUAUUACACAGCAUAUUUUUGAUUAAAUGUGUAGUAUAAAUCUGUAUAAACAUGUGAAUUGACACUGUUUGCUUCAUAAAGCCAUCGCGUUACUUCAUGUUCUGUUUAGACUCGUAAGAGUGAACUCAGCUCUUGCCAAUAACUUCUCUAACUUACUCAGCAGAUUCUGGAGCUAAGA